CCCCGGAGCUCAGUCGUGUUUUUGUUAUUGGUGAAAGGUGAGGGAACAGCUGAUACGUCGCUGGGGGGAGGGGUUGGGGGCACCCCUCUGCCCAGCAGGUCAGCGAUCGGCGGCGUUCAGCAUGGAGGAGUCCACGGCCCGGCGAGGCCGGGGAGGGGUCACGUUUCUGAACGUCGCCCGCAUCUACGUCCCCAACACCAAGGUCGAGUGCCACUACACCCUGCCCCCGGGCACGGCCCCCAACGCCAGCGACUGGAUCGGCAUCUUCAAGGUAGAAGCAACCUCCGUCCGCGAUUACCACACCUUCGUUUGGUCCGUGGUCCCCGAGAAUACGGUUGAAGGCGGGCCGGUCCACUCCAGUGUCCAGUUCCAGGCCGGCUACCUGCCCAAGCCGGGCACGCAGCAGUACCAGUUCCGCUACGUGAGCCGGCAGGGCCGGGUGUGCGGGCAGAGCCCCCCGUUCCAGUUCCGGGAGCCGCGGCCCAUGGACGACCUGGUCACCCUGGAGGAGGCCGACGGCGGAGGCGACAUGCUUCUCGUGGUGCCCAAGGCCGCCGUCCUCCAGACCCAGCUGGACGAGAGCCAGCAGGAGCGGAACGACCUGAUGCGGCUGAAGCUGUGGCUGGAGGGGGAGGUGGAGGGGCUGCGGGCCCGCGUCCGGGAGCUGCAGGAGGAGCUGGACGCCAACCGGGGGGAGCGGGCCGGCCUGGCCGACGAGCACCAGGCCCUGUCCCGUGCCCACAGCGAACUGGUGGAGGAGCGGGCCGUGCUGAUCCAGAGACAGGGAGAACAGGCGGCCCGGAUCAUGGAGUUGGAGGGGGACAUCCAAGCCGUCAGCGAAAAGGUCCUCGCCAAAGAGGUGGAGCUGGAUAGGGUCAGGGGCACCGCGAAGGGGCUGAUGCGGGAGCAGGAGCGGCUGCAAGGGCAGCUGAAGGAGGAACAGGCCAGCCGGGAGCAGAGCCAGGAGGAGCUGCGGGCGUCGCAGUCGGAGAACCGGCAGCUGAAUUCCCAGCUCCGCGAGGCCAAGGACCGGGAGGGCCAGGCGGCCGCCCAGGCCCGGCGGCUGCGGGAGGAAGUGGGCCGCCUGCGCGACCAGCUGGACCGGGCCCAGCCGCGGAUGGCCCAGGUGGAGGGGCUGAGGGAGCAGCUGCGAGAGACCCAGGACCUCUUGGCGUCCAGCCAGCAGAAGGCCGCGCUGCUCGGCGAGGAGUUGGCCGGGGCGGCCGCCACCCGAGACCGCACCAUCGCGGAGCUGCAUCGCAGCCGGCUGGAGGCCGCCGAGACCAGCGGCAAACUGGACGACCUCGCCCAGCGCCGGAAAGAGGACAGAGGCCAGUGGAGCAAGGAGCGGGCCAGCCUGCUGCAGAACGUCGAGGCCGAGAAGGACAAAAUCCUGAAGCUCAGCGCGGAGGUGCUACGGCUGGAGAAAGGUCUGAGGGAGGAGCGAAGCCAGCGGCAGAGCCUCAAGACUGAGCUGUCCCGGGAGAGAGACUCCAACUUGGUCCAGCUGUCGGAGACCAGGCGGGAGCUGAAAGAGCUGCGGUCAGCUUUGAGAGUGUUCCAGAAAGAGAAGGAGCAGCUACAAGAGGAGAAACAGGAGCUGCUGGAUUACGUGCGCAAGCUGGAGGCCCGCCUGGAGAAGGUGGCGGACGAAAAGUGGAGCGAGGUGGCGGGCCCCGAGGAUGAGGAGGCUGCGGCCGAGCUGGGCUGUCCGGACUCAGCCCUCCCGGAUUCGGAAGAGGACGAGUCCCCAGAGGACAUGCGACUUGCGGCCCAGCUGAGCCCCUACGGGCUGUGUGACCGGGGCGACCAGGCCCCCACGCCCCCCGGCGCCCGGGAGCCCACCCCCCGAGUGGUCAUCAGCCAGCCGGCCCCCAUCGCCGCCCAGAUCAAGGGGACGUCGGAGGCCAGCAGCUCCGACUCGGAGGCGGAGGACGAGAAGGCCGUUCUGAUGGCCGCCGUGCAGAGCGGGGGCGAGGAGGCCAGCCUUUUGCUGCCCGAACUGGGCUCUGUCUUCUACGACAUGGCCACCGGCUAUAGCGGGGGUCCCUCGUCGCCCCCGUGGCGAGAGUGUCCAGUGUGCAAGGAGCGAUUCCCCACCGAUGCGGUCGGAGACAAGGAGACUCUGGAGGAACACAUGGACAGCCAUUUCUUCUUCAGCACUCAAGAUCCCUUCACCUUUGAAUGACCCCCGCCCCCCGGCCCCGGACAGGGCUGGCGGCGAGGGCUGUCCCAACGGUUUGGGGGGGUAGGCGUGGGUGGACACCCCCCCCCUCCUCAAAGCCCCCCUCUCCGCCAGCCGCCAAACCCCUCCCCUGCUCCUGCCUCCGAUCCCUGUCCCCGGUCAUUUUUAUUCAGGGCCCUCUGCCUGGGGGCAGAGGGAUGGAUGCGAUGACCUCUUGGGAUUGCCUUCCAGGGACCCCGCUCUGAUUCCGCCUCCAUCCCCGACCCCUGCUUGGCCGUAGCGUUCCACACUGGGUCUAGGAAUUUUCUGAGCUGAGACCCUCCCACUUCUGGCUGUGUGAGCCCCCCCAACUCCUUCCACAUCUUCCCCCGAACCCUUUUUGCCACCCCUGGGGUCUGGGGAGUCUUGCAUCCUCCCCUCCAAGGAAUGAAAUGCAUUUGUGCCUUUGGUGGGGCGGGGGGCUGGAGAAACAAGCACACCUUCCCCGGCCCCUCUCCCCCGAAGCUGGAUUCGGCAGCAAUA